AUUAAUAAAUUUUGUUUUUUCUAUUUAUAGUUAUAUUUGUAGUUUGUCAGUCAUAAUGGAUUGUAAAAUUUUAUUAUUAUUUUCAAUAUUAUUAAGUGUUUUUGGGUGUUUAAGGGCUAAACCAAGUGUUAUUAAUUUAGAUGAAGAUAAUUGGAAACGUAUGCUUGAAGAUGAAUGGAUGGUUGAAUUUUUUGCACCAUGGUGUCCGGCAUGUAAGAGUUUAACCAGUGAUUGGAAUGCAUUUGCUGAUUGGUCUAGAGAAUUAGGAAUAAAAGUUGGACAAGUAGAUGUUACAACUUCACCAGGUUUAAGUGGACGAUUUAUGGUUACCGCUCUUCCUACAAUAUUUCAUGUGAUAAAUGGAGAAUUUCGACAAUAUAGAGGUACUCGUGAUAAAAAUGCUUUCAUGACGUUUAUCGAAGAAAAGAAAUGGCAAAGUAUUGAACCAAUACCCGGCUGGAAAUCUCCUCAAUCUUUCCAAAUGAGUGUAGUGUCUUCCUUUUUUAAGUUAUCGCAAAUUUUAAGGAGUGUUCACAAUCAUUUUAUGACGGAAUAUGGUUUACCAAGUUGGGGAUCGUAUUUGAUCUUCGCAUUAGCAACGAUUAUUUUAGGAGCUAUUUUAGGAUUGAUUCUUGUUUGCAUCAUAGAUUUUGUAUAUCCACCCAAACCAAUAUACAAAGAAAAAAUUGAAACUAUAAAUGCUAAAGGAGAUUCUAAGCCAAUUGUUGAGGAAUUGGCUGAUGAAGACAUAAAAGAUGACCUAUUAGAUGAUGGCAGCAAUAAUGAAAACGAAAAAAGUUCAGAUUCAGAUAAUUCACAGACAACGAAUACCAAAUUAAAUCCUGGUGGUGAUGCAAGCAGCAGUCCGAAUGUACGAAAACGAAAAGCACGAAGAGCUGAUUAAAAAAAAUGCGAUAAAGAAAAAUUCCUGUUUUUUAUAAAUUAUUUGAUAAAUUUUACGAAGCACAAGAGACAUUUUGUUUUUGUUUUGAAAAUAAAUUAUCAUUUUUUUAGGCUU